AUGGGUGACCGAACAGACAUCGAGAAGCUACAAGAGAUAGUGAAGCUGCUAAUGGACAAGAGAGAUGCGGAAAGGGCAGCCCGCGAGGCUUUGGAGAAGAAGAAUAAGGAAAUACAACCCGUGAUGAACAUGUUCAAUCAUGGGAAUAUGAUUACUUUUCCCGAAGGACCUCGUAUUGACGCUAACAAUUUCGAGUUACGCAUGCCCCUUAUUCAAAGGGUCGAGCAAACUCCUUUUGCAAGUAGGGCUACAGAGGAUGCCAAUCGCCAUCUCUCUAAAUUUGUGGAGAUCUCAAACACUCUCAAGUUAAACGGUGUCGAUGACGAUGCCAUAAGGGUAAGACUCUUCCCCUUUUCAUUAACUGAUUCUGCUAAAGAGUGGUUUGAAUGCAUGCCCAUAGAAAAGGUCUCCACAUGGAAGGACAUUGUAGCUGCCUUCCUCGACAAGUACUAUCCGCCGGGCACAAUCUUGAAGCUCAAAAGCGAGAUCUUCCAGUUCAUCCAAGGUCAUGACGAGCCCCUCUACGAGGCGUUUGCUCGUUUCAAAGCUCUUCUCCGAAAGUGCCCUAGCCAUAGUUUCACCAUGGAUCAUGAGGUAGGAAUCUUCUAUAAUGGGUUUAACGAGAAUAUUUGUGCUAUGCUUGAUUCAGGUGCAAAUGGAGGAUUCUUAAGGAAGUCGGGUGAAGAAGCCAUGGCGGUAAUAGAGGAAUUCACCACCAACAGCCGGGGGUGGUCGAAAGAAAGAAAUAGCAUGAAGAGGAUAGCUGCAAUUGAAGAGGCCGAUGAAAGUUCUUUUGCGAAGGAAUUGGCCGAGCUAAGAGUUAGGGUGGACCAAAUGGAUACAUCAAGGAAGGAGGAUCCGAUUCCACCUACCUCCAUCAUACCGGUCUCUAAACCCGAAACUCCUACCCCGAUAGUGGAGGAAAUCAACUACAUGCAAGGAGGCGGUUCCAACAGAAAUUACAACAACAAUUGUCGUCCUAAUCAGAGGGGCGGAUUUAAUGACAGGAAGGUUAAUGACACCAAGAUCGGAGUGGUUGAAGGUAGAAUAAACAACCUCGACCAGGGAAUGAACACGAUCUCAACUGCCAUAUCCAACAUCAACACUCAAAUGGAGCAAAUCCAAAAGAAGUUGGAUGAGGACAGGGCAAAGGCAGCCGCACGAGUGGAUGAGAUCAACAAGAAGUGGGUGGCAAAGCAGAAAACUGGGUACUGCCCAGCCGCCGGCGGACCGCCGCACACCCCACGGCGGGCCGCCAUAGACAAGGCAGAAGCACCCACUCAGCAAGGACUCGUGCGGCAUAAUGGGAUUGUGCUACCUUUCCAACCAAAGAGGAAGUUUAAGCUCGAAGAGCAGUUCAAACAUUUUUUGAACAUGUUUUGUAAGGUUCAUACUAACAUUCCUCUAGUUGAAUCGUUGCAGGAAAUACCUAAAUAUGCGAAGCUUCUAAGGGAGGCGGUGAUGAGGAAGAAAAAUGUUAGGAUUGCAAAGGCAGCUGUGGAGAAGUUACAGCUGCGGUGGCAGUUCGAGGAGCCCUUCGUGGGCAGUUCCCAGGCUCGGAGGAGGCUGUUGUCACAGCAGUUGCGAAGCAGUGGGAGUGACGCAUUAGUGGGGAAACGAUGCAGCAACGGCGAUGCAGCAGCAUUGACGUUGGGCAGCAGCGGCGUCCCUCCGUGA